AUGCUGAGCGAAAGCAAAUUGGUCGGCAUUCAGGGUGAUGCGAGUCGAGUCCGCUGCCAUGCAGCCAAGCACGCGAAACUGCAUCGAGCGCUUCCCAUGAACAUUUCAUCGUCGCGGCAUAUUGUUCGCAUGCUCAUCUGCACCGCCGCUAUAGACCAAACGCCAGAACCGUCCCCGAGAGAGAAUGCGUCUCAGCAGGUGGAUGAUGUCAACUCGAGCGGUCGCCGGCGGACGUCCAUGCGCUUGGCGACGACGUUAACUCCUCAUGGGAAUACCAAAUCAUCGUCGGCGACGAUGUCAACAACGACCUCGACUUCAAAGAAGAAAGAGGAAAAGUACAUGGGCAUCGGCGUCGUGGUUGAUUGCAAAGACGACCGAGGUCACUGGAACGAAGGACGCGUCAUUGAUGUAAACACAUCGGCACGGUUGCUGAAGAUCCAUUACUCUGGUUGGCAUAAGCGAUACGACGCAUGGAUGCCGCUGUCGGCCGUGGCGGCGCACGGGUCUCGUGUGAAGACGGCCACCGUGUCGGCGCAGAGUUUAAAACUCACCAAGAUGCGCUCAAAUCUGUUUCGGUUGAAUCCAAACUACGUCGAACGCAGUGCUCCCUCCAAAUCGACUUCUCUAGCGACGCCACCAUCACAGUCGAGAAAUGCUACCAUGAACUUGGCCAAGAAGGAGUCGGAAGCGUCCUCGGCAACGCCAGCUACGUCCAUGGAAGCCACGCCGAUUGCGGCGCCUCUUCCGAAAACCCGGUCUCGGGUUUCUCCUCGCACGAUGAUCGAGGCCAUCGCAAACGAAUCGGGCUCUGACAACGCCACGUCAUCACCAAAGCAGCUUCAAACUCGAGGCCUUUCCAACGUGCCUUUGCCGUCAGAGCCGACGUUAGUAGCUGAGCAAAGUGCGACCACCCCACCACCAUCACGGGGAGCUCGCCGCACGUCCAGACGUCUUCUCACGCCGUCGCCGUCCCCACCGCCAAACGUCGAGUCCAAUCCACGGCCCAUCAUCACAACACACCCACAACAGGAGGAUAGCACAAUAAUCCCUGCAGUUUCAGUGAACAACCACCCAUCCCGCCCUCGAGUUGGUGCCACCCCAACCCCCAAAAAGCCUGUCAAAGCAACCAAAACACUAGAUAAGUCGAAAUCGCCACCGCUGCAAAUGAAGCCACCGGCUAAGGCCGACCUUACUCCUCCAAAAGGAAAAGUGACAUCGAGCAAAGCAAGGGACUCGAAGAAGCGCACGCCGCCUCCACCAACCUCCCCCGCGAUGUGUGACGAUGUUAACCCCCACAAAAAGCCCCGCACGGACAAACCAGGAACAACACUAUGGACGGGCCCAAAGGGACCAAACGUCGUAGACAAACAUCUGCCGUCCAAGACGUCGCUGGCAGAAAUCUUUCGAAAUCGCGUGCGAGACCAGCACCUCCAGCCGCUGCCUCCGAAAGCACCCGUGAUGCCGUCAACACCACCACACAAACUCGAAACCAUGAAACAGCGAAAGCAUGUCAGAGCCACGAACGUCAUGUACAUGGAGCAACAAGAAGCGUUCCUUCGAGAGAGCAUCCAGCGGUGGACCCAAGUCCAGCAAGACAUGAUCAAAGACGUGACGUCUGUCGUGGUGUUGUAGCAACACAUCGUACCAACCCCGCAAGUGUUUGAGAAGCGGAAUAAUAUUAAUAGUUUCCGUGUAUAAGUAAUUAUCAGUCGAUCAUCGUUUUGCAUGACUACA